AUGGAGGGCGCCUGUGGGUCUUUGGAGAUGGGGCGCUCCUGGCAUGGCAGAAGCCUUCUGGUGUGGGGACACCUGCUGCGGCUGUGCUUAGCAGUGUCGGGGAUGCCAGGCGGUCGGGAUGCUGCCGGGCCCCACAGUUUGCUUUGCUCGAAGGAGUCCUGCAUGGCACGACAAGUCAACUGCAGCUGGGAGGCCGGGAAGACCCCCAGAGCCAACUAUACCCUCCACCUCAGGUACCAGGACCAGACGAUGAACGAGGCCUUUUGGGCUGGGGCAGCCACCUCCUUCUGCUUUGAUGAGAACACCGUUUCCUCUCUGAACAAUGUCACCCUUUGGGUGGAGAACCACACCGAGGACCCAGGGCUCAUUUCGGAGAAGCUGACGCUGCAGAUCAGCGAAGCCGUGAAAUUCGAUGCACCACCCAGGGAGAAAAUGGAGAGCGUCAAAGCGAAGGGGACACUGAACCUGAAGUGGCCCCGGCCCUCUUGGGGCUGCCCCCCCUUAAAGAAGGAGGUCAGGAUUCGGCACAACAGCACGGAGGGGAAAUGGGCCUUGGGAAACUGCGACUAUUCCAGGAAGGAAGAGGACGAUGACAACACUGGGAAACUGGUUGUCCUGUGUCACGUGGAGGAAGACAUCCCGCACGAGGUGCAGAUUCGACACCGAACCUCCCACUGGAGCAGCCCCUGGAGUGAGUGGAGCGAACCCCUCAUUGUUCCAGCAGAAAUCCGUGAAAGUCCACACGUGACCUACACCAUGGGGCAGCUGGGGAGUGAUGGCCUGAGGAACGUGACUCUGGAAUGGGAGAGACCCAGCCAGGAGCAAGGGCAGGUGACGUAUGACCUACUGUUUGUCCUGCUGCCCUGCAAUUGUACGGAGCGAGUGGAAAGCGUCUCCUCCUGCCGACAUCAAGCCAGCCUCUCUGGGGCUGGCUACUCCGUCUCCCUACAGGCCUCCAACCAAGCUGGGCGGGCCCCACCUUUCACCUUCCUCCUCCCGCCGGCAGAGCCAGAGGCAGACCUGCCCUUCCUGCACAGCCGUCUGUCCGGCAAGCAGCUGUCAGUCGAGUGGAUGGUGAAGACGGACAUAGAAGCCUAUUGCUUUGAGGCGCAGGCCCUGGGUGAGGCCCUCCAAGGGGAGCCGUGCAUUGAGGAAGCCCUAAGCCCGCCCACCAUGGAAAGCUCAGGAACGCUGGUGCCCAACCGAUGCUAUCGCCUGGCAGUGCACGCUUUGGCCUCUCCAGAAAUCCACGAUUCUGAGACGGGCGUCUGGUCAACUUUUGCAUUCGCACACCUUUUCUCUAGAAACACUUCCCUGGAAGAGCCCAUCCAGGUCUCCGUGACCAACAGAACGGCUGACUCGGCCGUCCUUCAGUGGGAGCCCCCCGGAGCCCUCUCGGCAUGCCCAGACGCCCUGAAGAAAUACAUCAUCUGCUGCAGAGACAAGCAGGCCGGGAGCGUGAGCUACUAUGAAGCCGACACCUCAGAGACACACUACAGAAUCCUGGGCCUUCAGCCCCAGACUGCCUACCAGGUCGGGGUCUGGGCCUCCACUGAGGAGGAGGAAGAAGAAGAACGCGGGCUUUGCCAGCCCCUUGCGUUUUUCCUCACCCAUCCGGCAGAUCCCAAGGCCUUGGCUCUGGCCAGCAGCUUCUGGUACUUGGGGAUUUUUGGAGGCCUCCUGACCACCACUGGCAUCUUCUGCUUUGGCAAGAAAAGGGCCAAGAAGGUGCUGUGCGCUGCCCUGCCGGAUCCUGCAAACACCGAGGCCGUCAAGGUCACCAGCCUCACAGAAGCGGCUCAGGUGCGGCUGAAGCAGAGGUUUGUAGAACCCCUGGAGUCCAGCAGCCUGACUGAGCCUUUCCUUGUCGAACUGCAACCCAAAGAAGAGCCAGCUGCCAGCUGCAAGGCAGACUCCCCGGGCGGUGCCAGACAAGUGGAAGAAUUCCCGCCUCCUAAGGAGGACCCCGUGGGCUCUGCCACCGUCUUGCCGUUGGAGUACAACAGCCAAGGGCUUCUGGCCCCCGUGGAGGAUGACGAUCCAGGACAAGAAGGACGGGGAGACGUUGCAGGGGUCUCCACGGGAGUGAGAGCUGGCUGCUGUCGCCUCUCUCCCAGUGCAGGCACGGUUGGAGCCGACGCAGCCCCUCUGAGUCUGACGCUGCUGGAGACGGUGGUGGUGGCCACAAACGGUGCAGGAGGAUCCGGUUUUAGUGCUUCAGCCUAG